AUAUUGAUCCAGAAAUUCGAUGGUAUUACCUAAUCGAAUUAAGUUUCUAUUGGUCUCUGAUGGUCACGCAGUUUGUGGACACGGUUCGAAAGGAUUUUUGGGUGAACUUUGUCCACCACAUCACCACGGUGUUACUCUUGUCAUUUUCGUGGGCGAGCAACUUUGUUCGUGUCGGUACCCUCGUUUUAAUCGUACACGAUGCUGCAGAUUUUUGGUUAGAGGUAAAAAAAAUUAUUUUGCGUAAUUUGAUACUCUAUUCUACGACAAUCGAGGCACCAUUGAUAGUUCACUUUUUCCCAGUGUAUUACAUUUUCAACUCGCUCCUGCUCAUUCUGCUAGUGCUACAAAUCAUUUGGACGGUUUUAAUCGUGCGGGUUGCGAUGAAUGCACUUCGUAGCGGAGAGGUAAGGCGUUUUUUUGUUUAUCUAGUUGUUUUUUGGGGAGUAUAUAUACAUUCUUUUAACAAAUAUUUCAAGACAAAUAUUCUUCAGUCCAUUCGGCUCGAUGGUCAGCAAAACAAAUUCUGAUG